GUUUUAUUCGAUGCGUCCGGUGUAUAAAAUUCGAAUCGCAGAUAGUGAAUGGUGGCCAUGUGGUUUCAAGUCACGUUGCUAAUCUGUGCAGUGAUUUUUCAGACAGUGAAUACACAGCUCUUGUGCUAUGAAUGUAGGGAUUGCGACAUAAAUCCAUCGACUCUCGUAGUGUGCGGAGAUGAUUUCAUAUCAACAUUACCCACGCUCCCGACAGAUCUAACACCAGCUUUAACAACAAAUUCGGAUCCAACCACGGAAUCGGCCUCACCUACGUUGCCGACGUGGCCGACAACUCCGGAUUCAACAUGUGCAACAUGUGAACUGGAGACCAGUCCAACGCCAACAUUGCCUACAAGCCCGGAUCCAUCUACGGAAUCGACUUCCCCUACUUCGCCAACGAGUCCAGAUCCAUCUACGGAGUCUACCUCACCCACAUUACCUACAUGGCCAACAACCCCGGAUCCAACAUGUGCAACCUGUGAACCAGAGACCAAUCCAACUCCAACGCCAACUUUGCCAACAAGCCCGGAUCCAACAACAGAAUCGUCCUCACCUACUUUGCCAACGAGUCCAGAUCCGUCUACGGAAUCGACCUCACCUACUUUGCCAACGAGUACAGAGUCAACCAUAGAAUCAACCUCACCUACAUUACCUACAUGGCCAACAACUCCGGAUCCAACCUGUGCAACAUGUGAACCGGAGACCAGUCCAACUCCAACGCCAACCUUGCCAACAAGUCCAGAGCCAACUACGGAAACGACUUCACCAACUUUACCAACGUGGUCAACAACUCCGGAUCCAACCUGUGCAACAUGUGAACCGGAGACCAGUCCAACUCCAACGCUAACCUUGCCAACAAGUCCAGAGCCAACUACGGAAUCGACUUCAGCAACUUUACCAACGUGGCCAACAACUCCGGAUCCAACCUGCGCAACCUGUGAACCAGAGACCAGUCCAACUCCAACGCCAACUUUACCAACAAGCCCGGCUCCAACAACAGAAUCGUCCUCACCUACUUUGCCAACGAGUCCAGAUGCGUCUACGGUAUCGACCUCAUCUACUUUGCCAACGAGCACAGAGUCAACCGUAGAAUCAACCUCACCUAUAUUACCUACAUGGCCAACAACUUCGGAUCCAACCUGUGCAACAUGUGAACCGGAGACCAGUCCAACUCCAACGUCAACCUUGCCAACAAGUCCAGAGCCAACUACGGAAACGACUUCACCAACUUUACCAACGUGGCCAACAACUCCGGAUCCAACCUGUGCAACAUGUGAACCGGAGACCAGUCCAACUCCAACGCUAACCUUGCCAACAAGUCCAGAGCCAACUACGGAAUCGACUUCACCAACUUUACCAACUUGGCCAACAACUCCGGAUCCAACCUGCGCAACCUGUGAAUCAGAGACCAGUCCAACUCCAACGCCAACUUUACCAACAAGCUCUAAUCCAACAACAGAAUCGUCCUCACCUACUUUGCCAACGAGUCCAGAUGCGUCUACGGAAUCGACCUCAUCUACUUUGCCAACGAGCACAGAGUCGACCGUAGAAUCAACCUCACCUACAUUACCUACAUGGCCAACAACUCCGGAUCCAACCUGUGCCACAUGUGAACCGGAGACCAAUCCAACUCCAACGCCAACCUUGCCAACAAGUCCAGAGCCAACUACAGAAUCGACUUUACCAACUUUACCAACGUGGCCAACAACUCCGGAUCCAACCUGCGCCACUUGUGAACCAGAGACCAGUCCAGCUCCAACGCCAACUUUACCAACAAGUUUGGAUCCAACAACAGAAUCGUCCUCACCUACUUUGCCAACGAGUCCAGAUGCGUCUACGGAAUCGACCUCAUCUACUUUGCUAACGAGCACAGAGUCAACCGUAGAAUCAACCUCACCUACAUUACCUACAUGGCCAACAACUUCGGAUCCAACCUGUGCAGCAUGUGAACCGGAGACCAGUCCAACUCCAACGUCAACCUUGCCAACAAGUCCAGAGCCAACUACGGAAACGACUUCACCAACUUUACCAACGUGGCCAACAACUCCGGAUCCAACCUGCGCAACCUGUGAACCAGAGACCAGUCCAACUCCAACGCCAACUUUACCAACAAGCCCGGAUCCAACAACAGAAUCGUCCUCACCUACUUUGCCGACGAGUCCAGAUGCGUCUACGGAAUCGACCUCAUCUACUUUGCCAACGAGCACAGAGUCAACCGUAGAAUCAACCUCACCUACAUUACCUACAUGGACAACAACUUCGGAUCCAACCUGUGCAACAUGUGAACCGGAGACCAGUCCAACUCCAACGUCAACCUUGCCAACAAGUCCAGAGCCAACUACGGAAACGACUUCACCAACUUUACCAACGUGGCCAACAACUCCGGAUCCAACCUGUGCAACAUGUGAACCGGAGACCAGUCCAACUCCAACGCUAACCUUGCCAACAAGUCCAGAGCCAACUACGGAAUCGACUUCACCUACUUUACCAACGUGGCCAACAACUCCGGAUCCAACCUGCGCAACCUGUGAACCAGAGACCAGUCCAACUCCAACGCCAACUUUACCAACAAGCCCGGAUCCAACAACAGAAUCGUCCUCACCUACUUUGCCAACGAGUCCAGAUGCGUCUACGGAAUCGACCACAUCUACUUUGCCAACGAACACAGAGUCAACCGUAGAAUCAACCUCACCUACAUUAUCUACAUGGCCAACAACUUCGGAUCCAACCUGUGCAACAUGUGAGCCGGAGAUCAGUCCAACUCCAGCGCCAACUUUGCCAACAAGUCCGGACCCAUCUACGCCGUCGACCUCACCUACUUUGCCUACUUGGCCCACAACUCCAGAUCCGACAUGUCCAACAUGUGAACCGGAAACUAGUCGAACUUACGCGCCAACUCUGCCGACAAAUCCAUUGCCAACACUACCAACAUGGCCUUCAAUCCCGGACACAACUUGUCCAACAUGUGGUCCUGAAAUAAGCCCAACUCUUACGCCCAUUUGGCCGACAUGGCCAACAAGUCCAGAUCCGACCACUAAACCGACAGUACCAACAUUGCCAACAUGGCCUACUAUUCCAGACACUAACUGUCCAACAUGUGGUCCUGAUACAAGUCCAACUUUUACUCCGACUCUGCCGACAAGUCCGGAUCCAACCACGCAACCUACAAUACCAACAUUACCAACGUGGCCAGAUACUACAUGUCCAACAUGUGGUCCUGAAACAAGUCCAACUUUUACUCCGACUCUGCCGACAAGUCCGGAUCCAACCACGCAACCUACAAUACCAACAUUACCAACGUGGCCAGAUACUACAUGUCCAACAUGUGGUCCUGAAACAAGUCCAACUUUUACUCCGACUCUGCCGACAAGUCCUGAACCUACCACGCAAUCAACAGUUCCAACAUUACCAACGUGGCCAGAUACUACAUGUCCAACAUGUGGUCCUGAAACUAGUCCAACUUUUACUCCGACUCUGCCGACAAGUCCUGAACCAACCACGCAAUCAACAGUACCAACAUUACCAACGUGGCCAGAUACUACAUGUCCAACAUGUGGUCCUGAAACGAGUCCAACUUUCACUCCGACUCUGCCGACAAGUCCUGAACCAACCACGCAAUCAACAGUACCAACACUACCAACGUGGCCAGAUACAACAUGUCCAACAUGUGGUCCUGACACAAGUCCAACUUUUACUCCGACUCUGCCGACAAGUCCUGAACCAACCACGCAAUCAACAGUACCAACAUUACCAACGUGGCCAGAUACUACAUGUCCAACAUGUGGUCCUGAAACAAGUCCAACUUUUACUCCGACUCUGCCGACAAGUCCUGAACCAACCACGCAAUCAACAGUACCAACACUACCAACGUGGCCAGAUACAACAUGUCCAACAUGUGGUCCUGAAACAAGUCCAACUUUUACUCCGACUCUGCCGACAAGUCCUGAACCAACCACGCAAUCAACAGUACCAACAUUACCAACGUGGCCAGAUACUACAUGUCCAACAUGUGGUCCUGAAACAAGUCCAACUUUUACUCCGACUCUGCCGACAAGUCCUGAACCAACCACGCAAUCAACAGCACCAACACUACCAACGUGGCCAGAUACUACAUGUCCAACAUGUGGUCCUGAAACAAGUCCAACUUUUACUCCGACUCUGCCGACAAGUCCUGAACUAACCACGCAAUCAACAGUACCAACACUACCAACGUGGCCAGAUACUACAUGUCCAACAUGUGGCCCUGAAACCAAUCCAACUAUUACACAAACUUGGCCGACUCUACCGACAAGUCCAGAUCCAACUACGCAACCGACAGUUCCAACAUUGCCAACUUGGCCCACAAUCCCAGAUACAACAUGUCCCACGUGCGGACCAGAGACCCCAACAUUCACGCCUACAUUGCCGACGAGUCCAGACCCAACAUGUGCCACUUGUGGUCCUGAAACAGUUCACACUCCAGCCUCUCCAAUCGUCACAUUUCUGAAAAGCGAUGACGGAAACUCUCCAAUAAUAACACCUCCUAUAAUCGGCCCAUCGUCCAUAGUUACUCCCCCGAUAACCGGUCCAACAAGUGGGCCUAUAAUUACACCCCCGUUAACAACACCCUCGAACUCACCUAUCAUCACGCCACCAAUUACAGCCCCUCCUAUCACGACAAUUUGGCCCACCUGGUGGCCGACGCCUUCACUAACCACGACACAGUCUACUUGGCCCACCUGGUGGCCAACACCUUCAUUGACCACAGCACAGCCUACUUGGCCGACGCCCUCUCUGACCACAGCGGUGCCGACCGGACCUACACUACCUACCUGGCCAUCGACGCCAAUUACAACAGCUCCGCCGAUCUGGCCAACCUGGCCAACGGUGACACCUACCGUCACCAAUCCAACGCUGACACCACCAACAUGGUGGCCACAGGUACAAUCGACUAUCAUACCUUCUGUUCAAAAGCAUCUUCCCGUACCAGUCUACAUCUGUUAUUCCACUGAACGAAUAGUGAAUAAUCGGCGUAUAACGGAUCGAGGAUGCACUAAGCGUGAUCAAACCGUAUCAACAACAUGUGCAAACAUAACCAGCAAUCAACCGUAUGAGCGAUGCUCGCUUUGCGCAUGGAGUCUUUGUAAUCUAUAGUGAUAUUUGGGUAAUUUGUAGGAACUGUAAAUUCUGUUGUUAGAUAGUUAUAUGAUAAUAAAUUUUGUAUCGCUUUAAUAUUCAAAACUCUA